AUGUCUGAUAUAAACGAAAUGGAAAUUCCAUCCAGAAAGGAUGAAAUCAGACAAGUUACCCCAAAGGAUCCGGUGCAAGAAAUGGAGGAUAAGAGCACGUACCAUGCUAAGAUAAAGAAGUCUGAUUCUGGAAGUGUUCUAGGCGCUAUACCGUUGAAUUCAAGGUCUUCUAGCAACUCCAGCGUCACAUCUACAGGACAAAGCAGUAGGCGAGUAACAAAGAAAACAACAAAGAAGAAGAAGAAUGCUUGCUACUUUGAUUCGUGUUCGAGUGCGGCAUCAAAAUUCAUUGGCGACUGUAAUUUCUGCAAGGGCCAUUUUUGUUCGAAACACAGACUAAUGGAAAACCAUGCCUGUGAUGGCUUAACAAGCUGCAAAGAACAGCUACAUCAAAGAAACGCUGACAAAUUAGAAGCAGAACAAACCAAGGCUCCAAAGAUACAAAUUUAA